GGGUGAUACAAAAUCCAAGCCGUUGCCUGAUUCGUUCGAUAUUUGUGUCUCUCAUGAUCAAUAUCACCUGAUUUCGGCAUCCUUUGAUAAUAACUAAUAUUCUCCACAAAUGGCAUGUACUGAGCAUAUCACUGUAUGAUAAAGUGUGCCUGUCCUUAAACUAGUCAUAUUUUAUCUGCAACCUUCUAUUCAUUAGGUGAGAUUAUUAAAUUUAUUUACAUUUAUCUUGCUCGUCAACUUGAAAGAGAGUUAAAUCUAGUUUCUGCUUCUGGAGAAUCUAAAAUUACAAGAUCCAAUUUGACAUUCGACGUUUAUUUUGUUUAUUGGCCUGUUAAUGAUUGCUUUCUAAUUAUCUAAUGUUAAAAUGACAACGAAAGAAGUUAAAGAAGAUGCUUGUCAGAAGCAAGCGACGCUGGAAGAAGAAGAAAAAUAUCAUUGUUUUCAAGCUUACUUUUACAAAAUUCUUGACAAGAUUUGGUCAAUACUGCCCAACUCCUUAGGGGUAUUGGUAGCAACAAUAUUAAUAUUCUUGGCUGGUACAACCAUGCGGGGAGAUUGGUUGUUGAUUCUUGUAUAUUUCAUCAAACAAUUCGGCAAUAAUUCUUCUAAAAACGAGGAAGAUAAUUCGUCAAUUCUAGAAACGGAAGGGUUUUCAAUGGUCAAUUAUCGGCUACAGAAUGUUCACUUCUAUGUUCUUCUCUCAGCUAUCAUUUCUUAUGGCUACUAUUUUGUUCUCUGUGGAUUUCUACAGUGGUACUUUUACAUUCGGCAGAGAGACUGCCCUGAGAAAUGGAAAUGUCAGCCGAAAAAAUUCCUAAGUUGGAAAGAUGAAAAACAUGAGAUUAUACUUGGAAGCAUUUGUAUGGGAAUUGGUGCAACUAUUUCUGGGGUUAUAGCGUGCUAUAUCAUGAACGGGGGAUACAGUGCACUUUACUUUGAUUUCACUCAAUAUGGCUGGCUCUACUACUUCUUAUCCGCUCCCCUUCUUUUCAUCUAUAUGGAUAUGGCAGCCUACUAUUUCCAUCGUAUGUAUCACCUUCCAUAUCUGUACAAGCACUUCCACAAAUGGCAUCACAGAUACAAACAGCCUACCGCCUUCUCGGCUUCAGCUAUUCACCCGUUUGAGUUUGUCAACUAUCAAGUUUUAUUGGCUCUUCCCAUGUUCUUUGUUCCUAUUCACUGGUCUGUAUACAUCAGCGUCCUCUCCUACAUCUUCUACUAUGGUAUUCUGGACCAUUCAGGAAUCAAGUUGGAAGCCAUAUGGCCAUGGCAACCCAACAGCAUGUUUCACGACGACCACCAUCAGUUUUUUCACUGUAAUUUUGGAUUCAACUUGACCUUGUGGGACAAGCUUCACGGUACUUAUCGCAUCAAGAGCAGAAUAUACAAUGAAAAUACCUUCUACGGCUACGGAAAGAGCACGAAAGAUGCAAAUAAAGAAGAACUAGAAGAGCACGAGAACGUGAGGGCUAACGAAAGAAGUCUAUUGAAAGAGGAUUAACAACCUCUAAUGCCACUUGUCAAAACCUCCUUAGAUAUAUAUAGGGUGAGACAUAACGAAUCCUCCUUCCUCCACUAAAGGAAAGUAAAACUACAGCUAACAGAACAAUCCUUUCCAUGAUGACCAGUCACUAAUGUUCAGAGUUAACCACUGUUAUUAAUGCACGUGUGGCAUGAAAAAUGUCACAUCAAAUACAAAAGCAGUAUUAUCCUAAGUAUCUUUAUUGGAGGGUUCGCUAAAGCCCACUCUGUAUGCAUUAUUAUUUACUUCAAAGAUUUUGUAAUUAUAAAUAAUAUACCAGAUCAUUUCUGUCAAAAUUAACUCUUAAUUCAGAAGUGAAAAACUGAUGUUAAAGAAAAAAAACUAAUUUAACGUGAGCGUAUCUUUCAAGCGUUAUCAAAGAGUUGCAUUCUAUUACAAAAUAAAAACUACUUUGAUUAAUAAGGGCAAAAGGCCAAGUGCUCUAUCGAUUUUUGCUUUGUUAAAUUUUGGUAUGAAAAAAAAAUCAGCUUGUAUGCUUUAUCGUCUUUUUGUUGUUGUUAUCAGAUGGUAUAACCUAAGUAUCAGCAAACUUAUCACUAUUAAACUGAUAGAAUCCUCUCGAAUCUUGGAUUUUUUCUCAAAUAAAAGGUUAAUUCUUUAUUCAUAUAUAUUAUUCUAUACAUAUUUAUAUAUACUGAUUUACCAACUACCAUCUUUUGGUAAUUACAUAAAAAAAGUACUUGUGUUGAAUAGCACUAAUUUAUUACACUUACGUGUACGUGAAUUUAUCUCUAUAUAAAUAUGCUGUUAAAAUAUCGCUGAAAAGUGUCCCUGCAUUCAGAGAUAGAUGUAAAUUAGACGAUUUAUCAUUCCUUAUAUAAAAGGUUUAACCUUUAUUUAGAUAAUUCACUUUAAUAACAAUUAUGUUUAAAUUAUUACAUUUGAAAACAGAUAUAAAUGUGACAAACUGUAAUGUAGUUUAAUAAAAAACAAUUUCAUAAUUUA